AUGUCUGCUCCUCUAGGAGCCCCGGAAGAUGCACCAACACCGACACCAGUAUCAGCUUCGCCCAACAAGAAACCGCCAUCCACACUGCUUCCUGCAUUUGAACCAUUCUCAUCACCUGCUCUACCUCGACCUCUGAAGCGGACCAGAGAGACAUAUGAAGACCACACGAAAUAUCCGACGCCAGUUCCCACCUCAUCAACACAUAUUCUUACCUCUUCUCCAUCACGCGGACACGUUCAACCAUCGCCUGCUGUGAAAGUCAUCUCGACACUUUCAGAACGGGCUCCGCUAGCGUCUCUGCCCUCCAUUGAUCUGCACAACAAUGGUCAACCUAUCCGCCUUGGUCGUUCGAGUGCGUCCUGCGAAUACCAGCUGUCUUCAAAUCGAUUAGUGUCGAGGGUACACGUUGUGGCAACCUACAAACCAACCGUUAGUUCUCUUGACCGAGAGCGGAUUGAGAUUCAAUGUACCGGUUGGAAUGGCGUCAAAGUCCACUGUCAGUCAAAAGUAUUCGAGGUCAAGAAGGGGGAGACAUUCACCACCGAUAUGAGAGACUACGAAAUUAUGCUGGACGUGCAUGGCACCCGUGUUAUGGUCAACUGGCCAGAGAAGGUCCAUCUGGGACCCACUUCUUCAGACGAGGAGGAAGAUACACCAUCACCAUCCAAAAAGCAGAGAGCGCUUCUUCGACAUUCCACUCCACCAAGCCCGAGUCCCGUGCAAACUCGACGCAAACCAAUGUCACCAAUCUCGCCCACUAGAGCACCCGCACCACAUCUGCCAUCAUCACCGCCAGUCAUUUCGAUUCGUCACGAGACCCGCUCUGUCGAAAUCUACGAAGACCCUAUGCCACCAGAGGAGGUCGAGGAAGCUUCGCAGAAUGGUCCCACACAAAUCAUGUCGCAGAACCUUGCUUCGUUCGCAUCAAUCCAAUCUGUUGGGCCAAUCGAUGAGUUUGCUGACGAUAAUGACGAGGAAAACGAUCCACUGGUGCACUCGAUGGGCCCAUUCGGCUCAAACCUGCAAGCCCGAAUGGCAUCUAUCUCGGCUUCCGGAGUUGCUACUUCUAAUACACCGAAGUCGUCUCCAGGCGCAAAGAGUGCUGUUGCUGCCUCUCCUGAUCGAUCGAAGCAUCGACCCAAAGCUAGCGCGUUCGACGUCAAAUCUCAUGUCAUCAAUCAGCUGGCCUACUCACGCCUCUCGUCGACGCCUCUCUCGACCAUACUUGGCAAUCUUCCCGUCGAAGCUGGUAUAAUGACCAAAAGUGAACUUCGCAGCAUCAUUACUGAAACUGAUUGCAUUGGAGAGGUGGCUCGAGAGGGCAAAGACGCUUCUGGAAAGCCACUAGAGAGCGAAUACUACUAUGUCCCCGACCAGGACACCGACGAGUUCCGCCGUGAGGCCGUUGUGAACGAUCUGCGGAAACCAGGUCUUCGAGCGUGUCGUAAGCAGCACAAGCAAUACUAUUGGCGUAAGCCGAAAUGA